CUCAGCCUUAUUCAAAUUUCAUCUGCCAAACCGCAGUUGAAAAUCAACAAAAAGGCCACCGACUGCAAGCCAAAGAAAACCAAACCAAGAAGAAGAAUCUUUCUUCUUGUUUGGGUUUCAAGAAUCCCCUUUCUUUUCCCAUGCAAAUUUCAUAUUAGAGCAAACCACAAGAGACCUACCUUUCUUCCAAGGCUUGAACUCCCUUUUCCCAAAGGGAAGAAAUUAAGAAAACCCACCUCGAAUUCAUCUCCAUAUGUUUGUCAUGUUGGUUUUCCUCUAAAAAUGGUUCAAAGAAAGGUACCCAACAAGCUUGGAAUCCAAGCUGAUCAUGUCAAAUCCGAAAAGCUGUUGGCAAACCUCAAAAAACCAUCUUCUUCUCAAUACCAGGAUGGCAAAAACAGAGGAGCUGAUAUGAAGAAGAAGAUAAAGAAGUCAAGAUCAAUCAAGCUUUCAGAUAUUGAGAGCUUGAGAUCAUCUCCUACAAGAAGGAACAUAUCACAGCCCGGAAAGCCGCCGCCGGCAAUCCCACAGAAGCAGCAGCAGCAGCAGCCUCUGAUCAAAGCAUCUGACGGGUCACCAAAUUACAUGAAGUCCACCAGCUGUUUUGAAGCAAGGAAGGAGCAGUCUCUGGUGAGUCCUCGGAAUACUCAAACCGGUUCUGAAAGUAAGAAUAUGAGUAGAAGAAGCUCUAGCAAUUCAAAACAUAGCUCUGCUUCUGGUAAUAAACCAGCGAGAGCUUUAACAAGAGCAUCUAGUUUGAAGCUGGCGAGGACUUUAAUAAAGACACCUAGUUUCAAGCCGGCAAGAGCUUCGGCUAAAAAGUCUUCCAGAGUUGUUCUUUGUGCAGAUAUGAAUGCACAGAGAUCCACCUGUUCUUCCACUAUGAAGGACUCAAAGUUUCCACCAUACCUUAUGCUAAGUCCUGGGGCAACUGAAUCUGAAGGGACUUCAGUUAUGAAGGUUUGCCCCUACACAUACUGUUCUCUUAAUGGUCAUCACCACUCUCCUUUGCCUCCAUUGAAGUGCUUCUUGUCGGCAAGGAGACAUUUGUUGAAGACCCAGAAGACUAUGAAAAUGGAGGCUCUAAGCCCACGAAGAGCAAAGCUGUCUAGUAAAGAAAUGGAAGAAAUCGAUGCUACAAAAAUGAUCUUUGAUGAGAAGUCUGCAGACAAAGAAGAUGUGGAAAUAGAAUUUUUCAUUGAAAUCUAUGGUAAAAGUAAGGAGAAUGGAGAUAAAGCUGAAAUAAUUGAUGUUGCUGGAGACGUUGAUGAAGAAGUGGCAAAGCACAGUGACAAAGAACAAGUUGCAGAGAGCCUGUCCCAUGGAUCAGCUCAAUCUGAGGUUGAUUUUGAGGAAAAGCUCCAACAAUGGGGUGAUAUUAUUGCAAUAGAGAUGGAAACCACAGAGAGCCUUCCCGGAGAACAAGUGAAAGAUGCAGAUGAAGAAUUCCUACGUAUCUUGGCUCAAGAAAAAGCAAACAUGGGGAGCUUCUGCACUGUCAUUGAAGCAGAUGAUGCUGAUUCUGAAGCUACCAAUAUGGAGUGGGAGGAGGAGCAUCUUUCUGCCUCACAGCUUGAUAGCGAAGCCGACUAUUCAAUCAUGACGGAUGAUGAGUCUUUUGUGUACGUUGGGUGUUCAUCAGACACCAAGAAUCCUGAUUUUCAUGACAAUGACAUGGAUAGCAGCUGCAGUGAAGUGAUUAUGUCUGAUGAAUUACUGCAAGAACUAUUUGCAGAGGAGGGUGCAAGCUCUGAAGCACCAUCUGAUGAUGAUUCUGCACUACAUGUCAUGCAUCAGAACUCAGAGAUUCAUGACUCUAGCCAAGCGUCCGAGAGCCUAAAAUGCAUCCAACUUGUUUCAACUGAAGAUGCAUUUGAGGAAUCAAAAACUGCAGAAGAAGAAAAUGGACAAUCCGAGACAACUUUAUUCAGCACAGAGGAGGAGCCAAUCGUGGAACCCAGAGCAACCAGCGAGGACAUUCAAGAGAAGAACAAAUUUGCUGAAAUCAAUCCUCAACUUGGAGAUGAAACCAAUUGCACCAGCCAAGCAGCAGAUGAAGUUUCAAAUGAUGAGCAGAAGCAUAAGACUCUCCAAGAUGAUGGAGAUGAAAUGGAAGAGAAAGAGCAAGCAGAUGAUGCCAAGAUAUUGAUUGAAAUCCAAGCUUCGGAUGUCUCUUGUUGUUAUUCUGAAGCAGACCAAGUCAGUAAUUCAAUUGAAGAGAAUGUUGAUGAUGGCUUUACAGAUGAGACUCAAAAUUAUCCGUCUGAUGGGCAGUCUGAGAGCUACAGUGUUGUUGAGGACCAGAACAUGGAGAAAGACCAAGGUGAUGCGAAGAAAUUCAAAAUCUCAAGUUCAAGGGAUGAUGAGGGGCAAAGCAAUCCAAUGGUGAUUAAAUCCAUUUCAGCUGAAGAGAGCAUAGAAGAAGUUGAAAAAAUGGAAGUGGAAGAUUACACCAGUUCAGAUGCAGCAGAUGUAUCAACAGUAGCCAAAGGUGCAACCAGUCCAGAAACAGAGAGAACAUUCUUCCCAGCUGGAAGCAAUCCCAGCCAAGAACUGCCUGACAGCUGCAACAGUCAGAAAUGGACUACUAGAAGAAAGAGGCAUAUGAAGGAUGAGGACGAAUUGAGGGAAUUCAACCCAAGAGAACCAAACUAUCUGCCUUUAGUUCCUGAUCCAGAAGCAGAAAAGGUUGAUCUGAGGCAACAAAUGAUGGAUGACAGGAAAAAUGCAGAGGAGUGGAUGGUUGAUUACCACCUUCAACAGGCUGUUACCAAACUUGCUCCAGCUAGGAAGAGGAAGGUGGCGCUACUUGUUGAAGCCUUUGAAACAGUCAUGCCGACAUCCAAAUUUGAAACCCAUUUGAGGAGUAGUACAGCAGCCUUUGUUCAUGCAAGACCCAUGCAAGCUUGUAGCUGAUAGGGCUUACUGAGAGAUCUAUUGCAAUCUCUACAGCCAAGCCUUGAGUUUCAUGAGUAAACUGCAUGUUCUAAGAUCAACUACAUUGUUGUUCUGCUCCAGUUCAGAACUAUGGAGAAGGCAUCCUGGGAUCCAGUGAUGAACUGAUGUUCAAAUGGAGAUUGAAAGGUAGAGAGUGUUGUGUUUUCAACUAAGCUUUGCGGCUGAAAUUUUAGUUUCUGCUUCAAUAAUAUAAUUAUGGUCUGUAAUUUGUGUGUGUGGUACAAAUCGAUCCUUCUUUGUUACAGUGGGGCACUUGUUCCUCCGAAUGUUGGUGAUUAACUCUUGUUGUUGUGUCUACUAUUGUGAACUAAUACUUAUCAGCCAAGUUUAUGUUGACGAUGUCUUUAUUAA